AUGUACAAAACUAAUCUCGACACUAUUCACGCGGUGGAACUUAGAAUAGCCGAAAGAAAAGAUGUUGGAUUCAGUGGAAAAACUAUUGGUCUAAAAUGCAAUUAUCUUAGAAUUAAUGCGGCACUUAUUAGUUUAAGCAUACGAGUUGUACAUCGAAGAAAACCCAAAACCAGAUAUAAAAUUUAUGGCAUCGCUGAUAUCAUAACAGGAUUUCAGAAUUCCGUCACUGAUGAUGGACAAAGGUUGAAGGCCAUAGAACGCGAUAAUGCUGAAUGUUUUAGAGAAUUUAGAACGGAAAUUGAUACUGAUAUGAUGUCAAUUAAUGAUUUUUCUUCAAAUAAUGAAGCAAGUAGUUCAAGUGAAUUAAUUGACACAUUAAAUGAACUCAACGGUGGAAUUGCAUUUAAGAAGGCAGAGUUUAAUAAAAAUUUAGCACCUCAAUUAAUCGUCAUUAUUACUACGAAUCAUUCGAAACCAUUAUAUACAGAAAUAAAGAAAGAUGCAGAGAUUGAAUUAGGAAUAAUUAAUACAAAGAUUAGAGGAAAGAACUUACAACUUGCAGAUGAAGAUAUGGGUUCUUAG